AUGCAGCAAUAUUCUUCUAUUAAUUUCAAUCAGUCUUUACUUACUUCGAAACCGAUUGAAAAGACAAUAAACGAAAAUUUUGAUGCAAAAUAUGAAGUAAUACAAAGAAUCAAUAGUCCUACUCCUUUACGUAGUUUAAAUCGAAUUCCACAAAAGCUCGAAAUUCAGCCUACAAAACCAAGCCACACAAUAACUCUCGGAGACAAUUCUGCACUUUCCUUAGUAUGUAGUUAUAAAUAUUUAUUUAGCGGUUCUCAAGAUCCUUAUAUUCGAGUAUGGGACUUAUCUACCUUCCAGCUGAUAAAGACAUUGAGAGGGCACACAGGCGGUGUAUUGUGCUUGAAUCUAUCAAAAGAUUAUACCAUGUUAUUUAGUUCUUCCGGAGACGGAACUGUUCGGGUUUGGGAUACAGAAACGCUGAAUUGCCUUUAUGUGAUACAAUCAAGUCAUGAUGUAGGAGACCUGUUUUCAGUAGUUUAUUCCGAUUCUUUGGAAACCUUAUAUAUUGGGUGUCAAAAUACCAGUAUACAACAAUUUGAUCUGUCUAAUAAGGAAAAAUACAGAACUUUACAUUCGUUAAAUACAUGUAAAUGUUCCAAAUUCUUUGGUACUUUGCCGGUUAAAUGUUCAAGUGAAAACGAAGAAGCUGAGACCGCUAAUGUUUAUACUGAGAUUAGUUACAUUCCCAAGCAUGAAGAUGAUAUUAGUGAUAAUGAUAUUCCAAGAUAUGAAAUUGAUGAAACAAUGGUACAUUGGAAUAGUCAUAACGGAUAUGUGUAUGCUUUAUUAUUAGGAAAAAAUAAGGAUGGUGAAAUUUUGGUUAGUGGAUCUGGUGAUGGUGAUGUGAAGAUUUGGUCCAUUGAGAAGAAUUCAAUGAACCUUUUACAAAUUUUAAAAGGCACAGAUGCUGGCGUCCUAACUCUUGCGUUGCAUGAAGAUUUAUUAUUCUGUGGUACUCAAGGCGGAGAUAUUAAGAUUUAUGACUUAGAAACUUAUCAGAAUAUUCGUUCUCUCGUGGCUCAUGAGUAUAAACACGAUGAUGUUCUAACAUUAGCAAUUAAUGAUAAUAACCUAUAUUCUGGAUCGGCGGAUGGCACUAUUAAGAAAUGGAGUAAAACCUUUGAAAUUUUAGAUACAUUUAGAGAUCAUACUGGAAUUAUACUUUCCUUAACAUUAUCACCUAUAGAGUUAUCAUUACACAAACGUUGGUUGAUUAGCGGUGCUAAUGACCAAUUAAUAAAGUUUUGGAGCCUACCUGUAUCAAUUAAUGACCAAGAGUCAAUGGAUACUUCGGCUACAGAUGUCAUGUUAUAUGCAUUAUCAAAAUGGGUUUCAUUACGCACAGUCAGUGGAAAUGAAAGAUACCUUGAAGAAUGUCUUCGUGGUGCGAAAUUUCUGAAAAGUAUUUUUGAGCAAUUAGGUGCUACGGCUUUUUUGCUUCCAGGUGCACCUGGCAAAAAUCCCUUAGUAUUUGGUAAAUUCUUAGGAAUUAAAGACAAUAAAUUGGCUACUGAUAUCAGCAAGGUUCAAAAAACAUUUAAUAUUUUGGUUUACGGGCAUUAUGAUGUCGUUGACGCUGAAGAAGAAGGAUGGUUAUCUAACCCUUUUGAAAUGUUUG